ACAUUUGUUUUGUUUUCCCCCCGCAGACUGCAGAACAGCUACACGGCAUCUCAGAGAGCUAAUCAAGACCUGGAGGAGAAACUUCACGCCCUGGCUGCCAUCAGUCAAACUUGGGUCUACGCACUCCGUAAAGUGGAAAGAGACAAGAAAACCAUGGAUCAAGAGAUAGUGGAGCUCACGAAUAAACUCGUGGAUGCCAAAAACACUAUCGACAAGCUGGAGGAACUGAAUGAACGGUAUCGGCAAGAUUGCAAUUUGGCUGUGCAACUGUUGAAGUGCAAUAAAUCGCAUUUCAGGAAUCACAAGUUUGCUGAUUUGCCAUAUGAGCUACAGGACAUGGUGAACAAGCACAUGAAGAGUAGCUUGCCUAACAAGACUCAGGGCUCUCAGGGAGCUCAAGCCCAGGAUCCUGACACUCUAAGCCUGACUCCCGCAGACGUAGUGCCCACUUCAGUGAUCGCUCGUGUUCUUGAGAAGCCGGAGCCCCUGGUGCUCAACUCAGCCCAGUCUAGCAGCAGUGCAGGUCGGCCAGUGGCUGAAGAUGUGUUCGUACAUGUGGACAUGACAGGACCCCAAGACAACAGUGGAGGGCGUGAAAACGGGGGUCCUGUUCAUGCCAGGCCUCCUGUGGGAGCUGGUUCUGAUCAGCAGCAUGUAAAUGGCAUGUGUCGAAGCCAGGGCAGCCUGGAUGGUCCAACAGGAGAAGAUGGGGCAGCCCCUUCUUUUGAGAAGUUGAAUCCUUACCCAGCACCUCCACCACAUAACCCGCUGUACCCUGGUCGCAAAGUGAUCGAGUUCUCCUCCGAUGACAAAGUCAAGAUUCCCAAGAACAGUCCACUGCCCAAUUGCACCUACGCUACUCGUCAGGCCAUUUCUCUUAGUCUUGUGCAGAGCGAAGAGGAGGCAGCCGAGCGCCAGCGCACCGUGCCCAAUAGCCCUGCUGUGUCUGAUGGGGGUUGGCGGUCUGGUACCUCCUCAUCUUCUGGUGGAGGGCAUGCUUCUCACCAGCACACACCUCCACAGAUGGAUGCUACGGACACCCUCUCCAGUCAUUCAAGUCCCUUUAGCAGCCCCCCUCAGCCUCCGAGCGCCUUUGCAAGCUCUGGUAGCUCAGAGGAGGACCUACUGACCAACUGGCAGCGCAUGUUUGUAGAAAAAAUGGCACCAUCCACGGAAGGCUCCCUCGUCAACCGCACGUCCUUCAGCAGUGAGAUGGUGAAAGAUCUCCAAAGAUGUCACAACGGAAAAUCAGGAGUAGGGGCUUUGAGAGGUGCUUACUCUGAUGGCGAGGAGGGAUCCUCGGCCCAGAGCUGGACAGCAAGUAGAGAGUCCAGUUUGGAUACAGACACCAGCAGCAUGGCAGACCUCCGGGCAAAAAAGACUCAAUACGGUGGUGACUUUUCCCAGGAAGAGGGUGAACACCUACUGAUGGCCCUUGAUCCACUUGACAAUGAUGGUGCUAGUGGUGACACCAUGGUCACCAUUGAGAGCAGUCCAGCCUCUGCUAAGCGUCAAGAGUUUGCUGAAGAUGCUGGAUCUGCAGGAAGUUCAGCUGAGGAGCGAGAUAGCCUGCCCCAGGACUUUCCUGUCAUCGGCUCAAGAGUCCUAGCUGCCCUUGAGGAUUAUGCAGACAAGCCCCCUCAGACUGGCUCCUCACGACCUCUGAAGAGCCCCAAGAGAAUGGGGGUUCAUCACUUACACCGCAAAGACAGCCUUACCAGAGCUCAAGAGCAUGGGAACUUGCUGGACUGAGACUUCCAGGCUUGCUCUUCUCUUUUUUUUGACCUUGAGUGCUCUUCGUCUUACUAGCAAUCUCUAGGCAUAGCAGCAUACGACAAGCGGAAGGGAUCGGAUCAGCAUUGCUGUAGUUAUCCCUGAUCAUGCUGCUGUUGCUGAGGCAUCAUUGUAACUCUUCGGUCCUCUCUCUGAAGCUUGGAGCUCUUUUAUCUGUGGAACCUUAUGGUAUUGAUGGCAUCCGUGGUAAAGUACAUCAGUCAGUCCGGCUUUCCGUGGACAGUGCUUCAGGGAUCGUACAAGAAUGUCAUAAAAGACAUUCCUAGUCCAAGACUUGAUUCUGUUUGAUGUGACAUGAUUGAGUGGGCAACAGUAGGACAUAGUCAUACAAUUACACUUCUGUAAGAGAAAGAGUUCAAGAUUGAGCAGCAUUAGAAAGGAUCCCUGUGGCACUCUACGGACAUGGAACAUCUCACAUAAUGGGUGUUUUGACAUUUGCUUUUGCCCUCGGGUGAGAGUUUUCUACCCAGAUAAUGAUAUCUAUCCAGUAUCCCAGUGCAAGUCCUUUGUAACGGGAGAUUGGGAUGGUACCAAAUGGCCACAGCUUCACAGAUACCACUGUGUCAGGCAUUCUGCUGGCUGAAGCAGAUUAAAUGUAAUCUAUGGGACUCUCUUGUCAAUUUUCAGUGCCUAACCCUUGCUCUGACAGAGGGGGCUCUCCAUCACCCUUUAAAAGAACAUCUUGUUCCUUUAGCCUGCUUUUAGUCAUCAUAAAUUGAAAGGAUCCUUCACCUCCAAUUUUCAGUUACCUCUCUUCAUUGAUCUACCACUGUAUUUCAACACCCAAGCUAUAGACAGCUUUUGUACUUUAAUCAUUUGAUUUUGAUGUAUUCGGUAUAUGUUUUAAUGAUCCAUUAUACUUCCUGAUUUUCAUUCUCAUCUGUUUUGUUUGACUAAUGGUAUUUUAAAACCGAUUAUGAUUUUAAGUAAAUAUAUAGAGUUUGUGUAUUUAUUUGUCUUUUGCUGGUCUAAAGUGUCCCAUUACUUCCCUCAAAGCAGUUAAGCACUUGCAGAAGUGUGUAUAAGUGAAUAGGUUACUAAAUCCUGUCAUGAAAUGAGAAGAUAUACAAUCCCUUUUACACAUUAGUUGUUACACUGUAAUACAAUAGAAAUCCAACACAAACAGUGCUGUUUGGCAUUUUAAAUAUUUAAUCUUUUUUUUGUUUGUUUCAAAGGUCAGUAUUUAAGAGUAAAAAAACCAAUACAAGUAAGGCUGAAGAGUUAAAAUGUGUCAUUGGUAUUUCAUAUCCAAUUCAGAGAUGUAUUAAUGUGACCCUUUGCUACUGAUGGCACAAAUUGCCUUUCAGAGGGCAUAUUAAUAUUUCAAAACUAUGCAUAUAGUACUGUGUAAAAACACCACAAAAACCUAGCAAAGCUUUCUCUGUUAUGAUGACUUCUAAAUAAAAAAAGGAUGAGCUAAAAAGCUGAAAUUUUAACCAGAAACAUGCCUUUGUUAGAGUGGCACUGACAAGAACGCAUUAUUUAGAUGAUUUUUGUUUGUUUGUUCAUUUUAAACCCUGAUUUCAAGAAAAGCCAUGUUUUGAUCUUAACGAAUGUAAUCAUCUUUAUGUAGCAUCCAUUUUCAUUGGUUCCUCAUUCUUUAGCUGAUGCUAAUGCUGUAUGUAUUUUAAGGGGACUGUGCAUCCCGCCAUCAUUUGGUGUUUUUCUGUCUGUAUUUUUGUGUGUAAAUCUGAUUCCUCAUGAUUAUGGAUGAUCAAUCUGUCCAGCAGAUACUUUCUACAAGUUGUUUUUUCUGUGCUGUGUUCCCAUCAUAAAUUUCAGUCGUUUCAUUUCAAGCCUUGUUCAAAUAGCAUUUGAACAUUUAUCAGCUUUUCUCAAACAAUACGUUUCAGAUGCAACGACUACAAGCAUCCACAUUCUUUUGUUUUGAUAAAUAUAUUUUAGAGACAAUUAAACUCUGUGUUGCCUUUUUACGUGCUUGCGUUGUGCUUUUUAUUUGCAGUAAGUUUUAGUCUGUUGACCAGUCAUUAUCCAGAUGUCCCACCCUGGGUCAAGUACUUCAUGCAGUAGUGUACUUUUAAAAAUGUGUGUAUUUUUGUUUUUGUUUUUUUUUGUAUCUGGACACAGCAUACUCUCCACCCUUACUGAUUUGAGACAUUUACCCUACAGGUGAUACGCAACAGUAUUCUUCAUGCAUAAGAAUAUGUGGUGUACUUGCGAUUUUUAGGAUUUGUCUUUGAACAUAUCACUGAGUCAGAAGGUACAGAAGCAUGUAUUACAUUUUAACGGUAUUCCUGGAAGGACACCAGACUUUUGUAAAACGCUUGCUGUAUAUAUUCACCUCAUAGCUGGUCUGCCACAGCACUCCUUGCCCUGAAUAAUUCAGCUAUAUGUUCCUCAGUGAAGGGCAGAAUGUGCUCCCAAGUCCACACUUACUCUUCUUGUCUUACACUUUGGUCUUUGUAUGUAGUUAUCAGUCUUGCUCUGCAAUAUAUGGGAGUACCAUUAAUAGCCCAUGAUUAAUUGAAGUGUAACUACCCACCAUGCUGAAUAAUUAAUAUUUUAUCAUGUUCUAAAAUAGUUCUGUGAUCAGGGUCUCGCAUGACGAAAUAGAAUCUCUUAAAUAUUUCAGUCUCGUCAGAUGUUACACGGACUGAAGGUCAUGCAAAUAAAUACAAAAAAGACACGACAAUGGUCAAAAUGUGCAAUACACUGAGUGCAUAAAUAGGACUUUCUCCUCUGCUCUCAUGCAACUUUAAUAACUCAAAUUUAAUUGCACGCAUAAGAGACGUGCACAUCAUCUUCAAUCCAAGGUGACCCUCUGGUGUGCUGUGCGCAAGUCAUUCAAAAGCUUUGCUGAGAAAUCUAAGAAAUGAAAAAAAUGUCAAGGUUAUCCUCCAAGCAACACUCCAAUCCGCCUUCUGCCCAAAGCUGACGUCUCUGUGAUGGAAAAACAUAUUCAUGUUAUCUUCUCUUUAACCUUCACUACCUACGGUGCGUAAUCUGCGCUCCUUUUCCUUUGAUCUAUGAAUGUUUUUAUCCAUCAGUAGGCCAACUUUCAUGUAGCCAUCAACAAAAUGUAAAAUGUCAAGUCAAAUUAAGUCUGAAAUUAGCCUUUGUUAUUGACUAAUGCCCUUGUAUUAAAGUGAAAAUUGACCCCGUUUAUUUUUUCCUGGUUUUACUGUCGUGGUAAUCUUUCAUCAAAGUGUAAUUAGCCCGCUCCCCCUUUACAAUGACUCUCCUUUUCGUCAAUGUUAAUGUUAACCAUGAGCCAUCGUUAAGCCCUAGUUUAAGCAUUGAUUCAACAAACUCGGUUUCAUUUUAGCAUGAAACGACUAUUCUCCACCCAGUCAAUUCCUUUUUAAUAAAAUCAAGUUCUGCCCUAAAUUUUGUUGAAUGUCCCGUUUCACUUGAAAAUGUCUUGGAAGUCAAAUUAGUUUCAUGUUUUGUAGAGUCCUUGUAAUUCUUUGAGAAAUGUCUUUGUUAGUUGUAUUUUAUUUUUAUUAAACCUCUGUUUUGGAAGUUUUAAGUUAUUGGAGUUUAAGUUUUGUGAAACUCCAGAUAUUAUUGUCCUGAUGCUUUAACAUGGUGGUGUUAAUGAUAAUCCCCAUUGAUCAUCAGGGGAUUUUCUAAGGGUGCAAAAAACAGUUUCAUGUUGAUGUUGGCUCGCACAAUCCCAUUUCAGAUGUGUGCAUUUUUACAGUUUGUCUUCUGAAUUUGUCCAUAAUUCCUCAGACAGAUUUCUGGUGCAUACCUUGUCUUAUACCUGUGCAACUGUAGCAACAUGGUGCUUUUUUCCUGGUCACCGUCGUCUUGAUCCCCCUCCCCAUGCAGUGUAAUUGUUACUUUUACUUUUUACUUUUACUUUUAUCAGGAAAAGCUUCCAUGGUUGUGUAGAUGUUCCAUGCACAGCUUUUUCCCCUAAAAAAAUAAAUAAAAAAAUUCUUAU